CACAUUGCCACACUCACACGGACACAACACGGAAACAGAGAAACCAGAGGAGCAAAGGGAGAACCAGUAGAGCAUAGUACAGUCCAGCCCACUUCACUGCCUUGUAAUAAUUAGUUCCAUAUUUCUGUUUAUGAAUUUGAGUUAGGGAUAUUAGAAGCUGUUCAUUAAUUUUAGAAUUUAUGAUAUUAAUUAAGAUACAUAUAAUCAAACUGAUUCGGAUAUUUAUAAUAAUAAUAAAAAUAGUUACACAACCCCCGAUGUUCAUCUAUAUAUCCCGAAGAUCCAUGUUAAUAAAUUUAUUUUUUAAAAUACUAAAGUAAACGUGGCUGUAAAGAUACUCAUCUCAGUGCUAGUUGAACAUUUUAUUUCUGACUUUGACUGUAAUGAGAGCAAGCGAAAGUGUAGGAGGAGAAGAACAGCAGACAAAGCAAAGAGGGUGGCUGCGAGAACCAAGCCAAUCAACCAAUUCUAUAUCUACCAACUUUGACCUUGUUUCUUCUUUGCAUUUGCUAAAGAGAUAAGUUGGCUGAAGGGUGUGUUGAUGCUAUGUACUGCCGUGAAGUGGUCAAAUUGACCACAUUAUGAGUGAUCUUUACAAAAGGGCACCGACCAACUGUUUGAACCCCUGGUGAAGCUCACUGCACGUUCUAUGCUGUCUAUCACAACACAAAAUAUGGGGUUACUCUGCAGUAAACGGCAUCGAUACAAUGAAGCAGAUACUGAAGAGAAUGCACAGGCUGCAGAAAUUGAAAGGCGAAUUGAACAAGAAACCAAAGUUGAACAGCAUAUUCAAAAAAUUUUGCUUCUUGGUGCUGGAGACUCUGGGAAGUCAACGAUUUUCAAGCAGAUAAAACUUUUGUUUCAAAGUGGUUUUGACGAGGCAGAGCUCAAGAGCUAUAUCUCAGUCAUCCAUGCGAACGUCUAUCAGACAAUAAAAGUAUUGCACGAUGGAUCAAAAGAAUUGGCUCAAAAUGAAACAGAUUCCUUGAAGUAUGUUAUAUCCAAUGAAAAUAAGGAUAUUGGACAGAAAUUGUCGGAAAUUGGAGGCAGGUUGGAUCAUCCAAGUCUUACCAAAGAACUUGCCCAGGAGAUUGAAACUCUAUGGAGAGAUGCUGCAAUUCAGGUAGCCAGUUCAUCAAAGAUACAUAUACAAUUUCCCUGGAAUCUGUAUUAUUGCUACAAAGAAACAUAUGCCCGUGGCAAUGAGCUCCAAGUUCCAGAUUGUACCCCUUAUUUCAUGGAGAAUUUGCAAAGAUUGUCUGAUGCAAAUUAUAUUCCAACUAAGGACGAUGUUCUUUAUGCAAGAGUUCGUACAACAGGUGUUGUAGAGAUCCAAUUCAGCCCUGUUGGUGAGAACAAGAAAAGUGGGGAGGUAUAUAGACUUUUUGAUGUCGGUGGGCAGAGAAAUGAGAGGCGGAAAUGGAUUCAUCUAUUUGAAGGUGUUACAGCUGUAAUUUUUUGUGCUGCAAUUAGCGAGUAUGAUCAAACACUAUUUGAGGAUGAAAACAAGAAUCGAAUGAUUGGGACAAAGGAGCUUUUUGAGUGGGUCCUGAAGCAACCAUGCUUUGAGAAGACAUCCUUCAUGCUGUUUCUAAACAAGUUUGAUAUAUUUGAAAAGAAAGUUCUGAAAGUACCUUUGAAUGUAUGCGAGUGGUUCAAGGACUACCAGCCAGUUUUGACAGGAAAACUAGAGAUUGAGCAUGCAUACGAGUUUGUAAAGAAGAAGUUUGAGGAGUUGUAUUUCCAAAGCACAACCCCUGAUCGCGUUGACCGGGUAUUUAAAAUAUAUAGAACCACAGCACUUGAUCAGAAGCUUGUGAAAAAAACUUUCAAGCUUGUAGAUGAGACUUUAAGACGCAGAAAUCUCUUUGAAGCUGGUUUAUUGUGAAUAGAAGCAUUUGCUUUAAAAAGAAUGUUCAUAGUUUGAAGAACUUGAUCAGGUUUUGAAUAUUAGAGUUGGAAGAAACACCUCUCAUCUGUUGACUGCUGGAAUCAGUCUCACGGGAUAAAAGUUUUGUCACCAUUUGUUUUCUCAGCAUGGUCGAAGAAAGAUGAUUGCCCCCAUGAUUUUAUUGCCUGCAUAAUUUUCUGUAGAAAAACCUAUCCAGAGGAUCUGUUCUCUUGCAUGAACUGUUUUGUUUCAGAGUGGGGACUAAAUUGAACAUAUGAAAGUAACCUUGUGUUCUUUCUAUCCCAACACAAGCCAUUGCAUAUGUAGUCUUGCCCAAAUCUUUGGAAUCAUGGUCUCAUUGUUUAGAAAUUGCUAAUCUGUGUGAUCAAUGCUAUGAGUUUGUUUCUCUA